AUGGAGGACUACGAUGACAUUGAGUUGGAGGAGACGGAGAAGACCUAUCCUCAAUAUGACAACCUCAAUUAUGAUGACCUAACGAUAGCUUUUAAUUUGUUAGAUACAAAGGUGAAGGGAGAGGCUAUGUAUGGUGAUGACCCUAUAGUAAUAACUGAUCUUAAAAGUGAACUAGACUAUGUGAAGAAUCUCAUGGAGAGACGUGCAAUAGCAGAAACAACUUUCACCGAAGGAAAUGAUGGUACAGUGAACAUUUCAGGACCAUCAGGAAGCACAACCGUUCAAGGAGUCGACUUUGUGGAAGACCCAAACAAUUUACUUCCAGAUGUGCUAGAUGCAUUCAAUGAAUCAUUUGACACUAAAUGGGAUGAAAUAGAAGCCCGCCUAGAGAUACUAAAUAAGAUUUCAACAGCAAAUAAAAAGAGAGAUUUCGAAAACCAAGUAGAGCGUGUUCAAGCUGUCGCGAGAGUUAUCAAGGGUAAGGAGGGACUAAUACUAGACCCUAGGAAUAGAUAUGUCAGGGAACUCAUCAAACGAUCAUCUGUAAGAACACUAAAGAAUGGCACAGAGGUGUUGGUAUUUAGAAGUGAACAGGGUAUUAAUAAAAGUGGGACACAAAUAAUGAAACGUGGUAAGACCGAGAUUCCCGUGUACUCAAAGGACUCACCUGCUCUGAGAGAAUAUAAGGACCUUCUAAAGAAAAUAAAAGAGGUACCUACGGAUCCCGACAAUAUAAUUGGAAGUGAUGAAUCAAUUUAUGAGGAUACUAAAGAAGAGCCACAAUUUGAUGACAGUGAUGAGGAAUACGCUAACCGUGAGAACAUGGAGUUAAUAGACAUAGGUGUAAAACUAGGAGACCUUCCAGGGCUAACAAUGCAAGAAAACAAUGAACUGAGAGGUGUUCUUAACCCACCUGAUGGAUCAAGCAUAGAAGGCAGAACAGGUCCCAAUGGAGCACUGCAAAUACAAGCUGACUACUUUGAUGAAGCUAUUGGUGAAACCGUGGAACGAGCCACCUCUGCGGAAGGUACAACUGAGUAUAAUGCUCUUAUAGAAAGAAUUGACAGUUUGAAGGAAGCUAGAGAUCGAACACUAGAGCAGAGAACAGUAGAGGAAGCAAGAGAGGCACAGUUGGAAGAUAUUUCUAGAUUACGCAGAUUUAUAGACUGGGUAGGAAAGGAAAAGGUGGGACUUGUCAACAGCUAGUUUAAUUACAGCCUUACUAAUCUAUGCUAGGGGAGCCAUUGUGAAGACAGCAAAAGCCACUGGUAAAGUAGCAAAAGCAUUAGCAAAUUUAGCAAAGAAAGCAGGGCCAAUUCUAGUUCCAAUUCUGAACACCAUUGCAACGGCGCUAUCAUGGGGAGCCAAAGGAAUUGCCUGGUUAGCGUCACACUUAUGGGUAUUAGCUAUAGCUGCAGCCUUAAUGGUAUACAACUAUUACACAAAGUAAAUUAGCUAUGGAGGAACACCAAGAGGAAUACGAUGACCAGAAAAUGGAGGAGUUGAAGGAAAAGUAUCCAGACUAUGAAGAAAUGGAUAUACCGGGUGGCCCAAAAAAAAGUACUCCUGUUUGAUUCGUAAUAACUUCUAAACAAGUAAAGUUUUUAAAGAGAAAUAACUUGCAUUAAAUAGAGGAAGGACUAACUUAGAUUUUGAUAUAUUACAGUUGUAUUUAACUUAAAAAUUCACGGAUAUAUUAAUGUUAAAAAUGGGGAGCAUAUUUUGGAAUGUGUCUAAAAUUAGCGAAAAUCGGCAUAUCAAAUAUUAACUCCAGCGUUUGUUUGCUUAAUGACAUAUUAGGCUAACUUGUAUUUCAGCGAAUUAUCGUUAAGGUUUGUAAGGGAUAUGGCGUAGAUUUAGUCAUCUUACAUGUAAGUCUUAGCUCAUUGUUUCCUGAAAUAUGAACGUUCGAAAUUAUGCAAGUAUUUAAUAUUAGGUCUUUGCAAACUUAAAUGUACAUGAAAGACUGACCAUGGAAGGCAGGCGCUUAAAUUUUUCGUAUUCUUAAAUAGCCUAAUUUUUUUAUGUUUUUAAUGGUUUCAAACAGACUGAGUAGAUUAUUUCUCGGUUAGAGCAGGAUGAAUAUUCUUUAUUGAAGGAAAUAAUAUUGCUUUUUGCAAAUACACAUCACCGUACCAACGCUACUAUUUUGUUACGUUUUGUUCCAAAAAUGUUGCAUGUCUCUGGGGAGUUGCUUAAUUGUUAUGUCUUAUGGAGUUGUAUGGUUUGAUUGUGUUUCAUAUAAUUCUCAGUUUACUCCAUGAACUUGCCAAGAUUAAGAAACGGCAAAAGAGUUUGGGUGUUCUUAACAAGAUUUCAGAACGUUGCAGAAGUUAGAAGAGCUUCACAAUUUCGUUGUGACAGCAUGCCCUAAUUCAGAACUACGAACGAUCCAAUGACGAUCCUUCGCGAUGCAGUGGUCUCAUGAAAUAAGGAAACGUAUUCGUGCUAGGAACACACGCGAAUUUCGGACGAAUGAAUCUUGCUUGUAUUUUGUAGAUAUAAUAAUACUUUGUUUCAUAAUAAGCAAUUUGUCAAGUGUCAUUUAUUUACUGGUAAUAGUGCAUGUUUCAGUCGGGCAAAUCUUGAUUAAUAUUUGAUACGCCGAUUUUUGCAUAUUUCAGACACAUCCAGAAAUAUCCUCUCGAAUUUAAAGAUUAAUAUCUCCGUGAAUUUUUAAGUGAAAUACAACUGUAAUAUAUCAAAGUCUAAGUUAGUCCUUCCUCUAUUUGAUGCAAGUUAUUUCUCUUUAAAAGCUAUACUUGUUUAGAUGUUAUUACGAAUCAAACAGGAGUACUUUUUUUUGGGCCACCCGGUAGAAACUUUAGAUAGCGAAUUACCAAUCCUUUGACAAGGAUCUUAGGGAAAGCGAAACUACUGAGGAGACCCAGGAUAUUAACGAGGAAAUUAAUUACGUACAGGAACUGAGGAGGAGAAAAAUAUUGGAAAUAUAUGAAAGCAAAGACCUUACGAGAGAGCAAUUAGCUGAGAAAUUCCCUGACCUUUCUAAUCUGUCAUACGAUGAUCUAAUGGAUAGGGGAGACAGACUGUUAAAUGAAAUAAUACUAUCGAAUUUGGAUGAAGACAGUUUCAAAGAAAAGUCGGAAGAACUGAGAUACGUCAGAAUGCUAUCAAAUGAUUACCAAAGAGAGUCAAACUUAAAUAAACUUUUCAACUUAAGAGAUAAGGUGAAAAAGAGGGAUCUCAUUAAACGGGAUGAUCGUAGGAGACUGCAGAGGCUCAGGUUAUGGGCAAGGGAGAAUGCAGGCAUCUUAUCAGCUGUUCUAAUUUCCUCAUCAGCUGUAAUCAUAGGACUGGUAGCAUCAACUAGAAACAUAUUGUGGAAAGUAGGUGACACAACAGAAAAGCUCGAUAAGGGGAUCAGUGAGUUGGUAAGCCACCAAAUAGAACUACCACCUGUAUUUCAGAAGAUAGCCGAUGGAGUAGAGUUAGCAGCGGAUAAUAUAUGGAUAAUCAUUGUAUGUGCAGUAGUAGUUUUACUAUACAAAUACAGCUAAACAUUACAUAUUGUAUACAAGUAUGAAUACCAGAGAAAGAGAACUCCAGCCUGGCUUCAGGAGGAGUCGUAUGAUAUCCGUAAAAGGUCCCAGAACUAGAAGUGUUGUAACAUUUAAUCCAACAACCAUUGGACCAGGUGAAUAGCUGUACAUUAACAUCCCCAAACUAAAGCCUGACUCUUGCUUAGUCCCAGGAUCGUUUGCACUAUUAUUUGACUUCAAAAAUUCCAAUACAAAAAGCCGCUUUAAUAACAACCUGUCUAAGUUAAUAGCUAAACGUCUUCAGAUUAAAGUAGCAGGUGAAACAGCUUAUGACUGUUCAGGAGAGAGUUUGUACGAAAUAUACAAAGAUCUAUGGCUAACACUAGGUGAUAGGAAUAAGAUGACUGAACAGGGUCUUGCAAGUGAGAAUCUUAGGAAGUUAAUAUCAGGCGACGACUCAGGUGUAAAGGUAGGUGAUGUUGGUAAAGUAGCAGAUGCACUUCUCCACAGUGUGUACGGUUCUAAGCUGAGAAAACCAAUUGAUAAAAUAAUUGCAGAUCAUGGGCUCUACACACCGUUCUCCAUGAAUAACAAUCCUAUGUACAUCCUCACACUCCCGCAAUCAGAUGAGAUUAUGACUGCCCAAGGAGGUGAAGCUAAGAAUAAUUAUAAACUUGAUAAUCUUGAGUUAGAAUACGAGACCAUUGAGAAUGACGCCCUUGCGAGUGAAGUAUCAAGGAUGUAUUCAACAGGCCGCUCACUGUCCUACAAACACGUCACUCUUAUGCGUACAAGUAAUUGGGACAAAGAUCUUACCAUUGUCAAUGAGAACAUUAAUAUCCCCAGGAAGAGCAUGUCAGCAAUUGUCCUUCUAUUUACCAAAAGAGUGAGAACUGAUUCUGAAGAAUAUAUUUACCCAAACAUUGAUAAAGUGAACCUGACCAUUGAAGGUGUGUCUAAUGCAGUUUUCUCCCAAGGACUUCCCAAAAAUAGGUUCUUCGAAGGGGCAAAAAGAUUCUUCUGCCCUAUGUGUGAGAAAUCCAUGGCAGAUGAGUUUAUGUCCAUCAGCAAGUUCUUCACCAAUGGUUUUGCUCUAGUAAUCGACCUAAGGUCAACACAAGAUGAUACCACUGGUGGAGGUAAGAAGAUUGUUAACACACAGUCGGGAGUACUCCUGGAAAUCAAAAAGAGAGCCACAACAGCUGACGUUCAGUGCAACAUUUUUAUUGUAUCAGAUGCUCUCCUCAACUUCGCAAAUAGAGAUCUAUCAAGUAUUCAAUACUAA